AUGUCUAUAUACCCACUUUACAAGGAUCUAUUUCCACCAACUGGUGUCGAGGAAGUUGUUUGUGCUUCUUUUACUUCGCCUACUGACAUUAAUUUAAUAGUUGCACGUUCAUCGAUCUUACAAAUAUAUAGAUUUGUUGAGCAAGCUGAAGUUACAAAAGAGGAAGAAACAGCCAUGGAAGAGGAUGUUAACUUGGUAAAUGUGUUUGGUAAAGAUGAUGAUCAGAAUUUCAUAUUUCCUACACUCAAACCAGCUGCAAAUCUUUUGUACAUGACUGCUCGCCUUGAAUUAAUUAUUCAAUAUAAGCUCCAUGGAAAUAUAACAUCUAUGGGUGUUGUUCAAACGAUUUCAUCUGGUGCAAAUGGUAUGGAUAGUCUAUUAAUAAGUUUCAAGGAUGCAAAGUUAUCACUUUUGGAGUUUUCUUUGGCAACAAAUAGUAUUGUCACAGUAUCAAUCCACUAUUAUGAACGUGAGGAAUUCAAGUUGGAAUUUCUUUCAAAUCCAUUUCCUACCAAAGUCAAAGUUGAUUCAUCAAGUAGUUGUGCAGUUUUACAUUUUUAUGGUGAUAAGCUGGCAAUCUUGCCAUUCCGUCAAGAAGCUUUGAAUUUAGAUGAAGAAGAUGCUGCAAUCAAGUGGCCAUAUGUACCAAGUUUUGUUGUUGAAUUGUCAUCAAUACAGUCAAAAAUUAAAAAUAUUAUAGACAUGAAUUUUUUGAAUGAUUAUUAUGAACCAACUUUGGCAAUACUUUUUGAACCUUGCCAAACUUGGCCCGGGAAAUUAAAUUCACAAAAAGACACUUGUUCUCUUAUUGUCAUAUCACUUGAUAUUGCACAGAAAAAAUAUCCAAUAAUAUAUUCAAUGGACAACUUGCCACAUUCUUGUGUAAAGACAGUUCCAGUUCCAAAACCUAUAGGCGGUAUACUUAUAAUAACAGCUAAUGCAUUAAUUCAUGUAAUUAAAAAUUCACCAGGAAUAGGUGUUUCUGUUAAUGGUUAUGCAUCAUCAACAACAGAUUUUCCGCUUGAUAGUUCAUUUGAGCAUUUGGGGAUUACCUUAGAAGGCUGUAAACAUGUCUUUUUGACAACUGACGAAAUAUUACUUGCUUUAAGAAAUGGUGAUUUAUACCUUGCAAAGUUAAUAAAGGAUGGAAGAUCAGUCUCAAAAAUUAGUUUGGAAAAGGUUGGCAAUGAUACAUUGCCAUCAUGCGCAUGUUACAUUACAGAUGGAUAUUUUUUCCUAGGUUCAAGACUUGGAGAUUCUCAUCUGAUUCAAUAUAAAACACUAAAGAUUGAACCAAAAUCCAAUGGUGUUGUAAAUGGCUUUGGUUAUCAGUCAAGAAGGAAUACAUUAGAUUUUGAAACAGAAUUAUAUAAUACUGAUGUUAUAAAUAACACAAUUAAAAAUGAUGACAUUAGUAAAAAUUCAAAAUCUUCAACAAAAAAAGAUUAUAUAUUCACUUUGUGUGAUACUCUUCUUAAUGUUGGUCCAAUUGUGGGCAUGACAUAUGGUGAACUAGUAUUUUCUGAAGAAAAAUCUCACAUGCAUAAUAUUAAAAAAGACUUGGAACUAGUGACUUGUUCUGGAUAUGGAAAAGGAGGGUCAAUUUGCGUUUUUCAUCAUAAUAUAAAUCCUGUUGUUUUUAGUUCUUUUGCUAUGGAUGGCUGUUUAAAUAUGUGGGCUAUAUCAAGUAUUGAUCCUAUAUUUGCAGGGAUUCCUAUGGACACUCCAGGUUUACCAAAUCAUUUGCCUAGUAUAGAUUCUGAACAGUCAUAUGACAAAUAUCUUUUUAUUUCUAAAAGCUUCAAGACAAUGGUUUUGGCUUGUGGCGAAGAGUUACAAGAGCUUGAGCAUUCUGAUUUUUAUACAGAAGGACCCACUAUAGAAGUUGGCUCAUUAUUAAAUAAUUCAUUAAUUUUACAAGUUCAUCCAUAUGGUCUUAAACUUCUUAAUUCUGACAGUAAACAAAUAAUCUCAAUUGAUAAAGAUCCUGGAAAUGGAUUGAUUGUUUUUGCAAGCAUCGUGGAUCCAUAUAUAUUGUUAUUAUAUGAUACUGGAAUUGUAGAUUUGAUGAAGAUAGAUAAUGACACAAAAGAAAUCAAUAGUUGUGAACUGCCAUCGCAUAUUAAUGAGCUUCCAAUAGCCAAUUGCUGUAUAUUCUAUGAUGAGUCAGAUCUUUUUGCACUGGUUAAAGAUGUUGAACCACUUAAAAAAUUUAAUGAAUUCAAUAACUUUACCAAAAAAAAUAAACCAAGUACAUCAAUGCCAAUUGAUGAUGAAUUAGAUGAACUUUUUAAUGAGUCUAAAAGUAAUGACGAUGAUUUAUUAGAAGCUAAUGAUGAAAUGGUUGAUGAUGAUUUAUUACAGGUUGUUGGUGAAGUAAAUGAAGAGAAUGUGAGUGGAGUUGUUAAGAAUACUAAAAGUGAAAGUUAUUGGUGUGUGAUAUAUCGACAAGAUGGCUCUUUGGAGAUUUAUAAACUUCCCGAAUUACAAGAAGUAUUUCAUUUUCCACAUUUUGAUAUGACCCCAACUGUUCUUGCGGGAUUUUUUACACGACAAAAUAUAAAGACACCAGGAAAAACGGCUGAUAUUCAAGAAAUUUUAUUAAAGAAUCUUGGAUUACACAAAAAGGACACAUAUCUUAUAGCUCGGACCAGUGUCGGUGAUAUUAUAAUAUAUAAAGCAUUUCGAUAUAUUCCUGGCUCUGAUAUAUUUGAUCCUUUCCAAAAAUCACAAUCGCAAGGUGAAUUAUCCGAUCACCUUGCAAUAAGAUUUUCACGAGUAUCUCACGAGUACAUUUCAAGAGAAUCUAUAUACAGCGACAUUCAUGACAAACCUGUAUCAAGUAAAAAUAAUCAACAAGAUAUUAAUGAAAUUGAAGAAGAACAAAUAAAAAACAAUUUAGAGUCACGUAAAGAACAACUUAGAUUAAAUAAACGAAGAUUGAUACCAUUCUCAAACAUUGCUGGAUUUACAGGGGUAUUUGUAACCGGUGCUAAACCUGUUUGGAUAAUUUGUGCCAAUAAUAAUUUUUUGAGAUUGCAUCCGAUGAAUGCUGAUGGGGAAAUAAAAAGUUUUACCCCAUUCCACAAUGAUGACUGUAGGUUUUCUGAAUUAUCUAAAGAAUUUUUAUAUGACAUGGAAUGGCCAGUAAGGAAAAUCUCGCUUGGGAGAUCGGUUCAUGGUAUUGAAUAUCAUCCUGAAAUGCAAGUAUAUGCACUAAUGACAUCUACACCAAUUGAAUUUCAUAUGAAAGAUGAGAAUGGGGUUCCAACAGAUGUUGAUGGGGAUAGUUCACAAUUUUUGCCAGAGACGCAAAAUUUUACACUAGAGUUAAUAUCCCCAAUCACAUGGGAAACUGUGGACAAACAUGAUUUUCAAGAAGAUGAACAAGGUCUUUGUAUAAAAUGUGUUAGUCUUCAAACAAAAUCAACCUCCAGUGGCAGAAAACCUUUUAUAGCUGUUGGCACAGGAUUUUUCCGUGGGGAAGAUGUGGGAAUGAGAGGAAAUAUAUAUGUAUUUGAAAUUAUUGAAGUUGUGCCGGAACCUGAUAAUCCUCAAACAAAUCAUAAAUUUAAAUUACUUUGUGCUGAAGAAGUUAAAGGCUCUGUAACUACUAUUUGUGAUGUAAAUGGAUAUUUAUUAACAUGUGUUGGGCCAAAGAUAUUUAUACGUGCCUUUGAAGAUAAUGAUUGUCUUAUUAGUGUCGCAUUUAUUGAUAUACAACUAUAUGCAAGUAAUGUAGUAUCAAUUAAAGAUUUUAUACUAUUGGGAGAUGUAUAUAAAAGUGUAUGGUUUCUUGGGUUUCAGGAAGAACCAGCAAAAUUGGUUUUAGUUGGCAAAGAUUAUAAUUCUUUGGAAGUUAGUUGUUUAAGUUUUUUGAUAGAUGAGCCUGCACUAUAUUUUGUUGUAGCUGAUAUGGAUAAAAAUAUUCAUAUGUUUCAAUAUGCUCCAUAUAAUGUGCAAUCUUUUGCUGGUCAAAAACUUAUCCGCCGCGGUGAUUUCCAUGUUGGAUCCCAAGUGAAAACAAUGCUCACGUUACCUAAAAAAGAAGUUAUACGUAAAGAUCAUGACUUUGAUUUAGAAUUUUCGUCCAAGACUUCAGAAGAAACCGGAACACUUGAUGGAAGUAUUGGAAUGAUCACGCCGAUAACUGAAAAAACUUAUAAACGAAUGCAACUUUUAUAUUCUCAAAUGGUUAAUGGAAUACAACAUCCAGCAGGCUUAAAUCCAAAAUCAUUUAGAUUACUACAAUCAAAAAUGCGAUUAGCAAUUAAUCCAUCAAAAGGAAUAUUGGACGGUGACCUCUUAUUCCAAUUUCCCAAUCUUGCCUUACAUAGGCAACGUGAGAUGACAAAACAAAUCGGUACAACGGAAAUGGGUGGAGACUCUUCAAUUUAUUCGUUAUUUGAAUAG